AUGUCAUUCAUCGAAAAAUUGGGCAAAGUCCAAAAUUGCAUCGAAGGCUGGUCCCAGAAUACCUUCACAAAGAAGGAUUUCCCGAAGCUGGGAAUGAAAAUUGCUGAUUUCCUCAUCAAUAAAGCUCCACAACUUGGCGCGUCAACGGUGCAGUUAAUGCGGGAGUCCAGCAUCCUGGUGGCGGUGAACAAAUCGCUAGAAGCGUUCUUUCAGCAGCUUAAGAACGCUACCUACGAAACGUUCCAAGCUGAUGUAAAGACUGCGGAAAAAGAAGGGCUUGAGAGGAUUCAGAAGCUCGUCAAGCCUUCCGAUUUUGAAGAAGCGGCCCGUUUAUUCAAGGAAAAGGCGCAGGAAGUGGCAAAGAGCAAAGCUUACGAGUUACAAGCCGGAGAGGCCGACCGAAUUGGUCAACAACUUUCCACGCAAUUCCUAGCGGACGAGAUGGCGAACAUCACAAAAAUUAAGGAUGUGUAUACCUUGCUCGAAAUGACGCGUCAAAACUACGCGACCCGAAUCCCGUGCGACCUCGCCAUCUCCGCUGCGCAAAAGCAGGAGUUGGCCGCAAAGAUUCAUAAUUUCACGUUCACGCGCUACGAGCAAAUACGGAAUUUGCAACUCAACUUCCUGCUAGCCAAUGCGGAUCGUGAGAUGCGGGUGGAGAUGGAGAAGAAAAUAGCGGAAGGCCUGGAAAUACAGCUAGCUGCCGAGACUGCUCGACGCCAGGCCACAGCGAGCCUGCAUAGCGCCCUGGAAAAGCUGGGAUUCCAAUCGGGCGAUAUCGUGAAGAUUGGCGAAAACGCUGGACGCCAGCUGGAGCAAGCCGCACAGGGGCUAAUCCAGCGAUUUGUAGCUGGUCACAACAGUAAUGCCGAGCUGCAGAAGCUGCAGGCAGAAUACGAGGCAAACACCAAGGUAUCAAGACUAGUU